GAAUUAUCCGGCGAUUCUAUCCAUAUAUCAAAAGACGAUAAAAGGAGGAGGAGAAAGAGAGAGGAGAGAGAGAUGGCGCUGACAAAUGCCUGGGGCAUGGGGCACAUAGCCUCCAUGACUCAGUUCAGGCCUUCCAAGUCCUGUUCUGAUGUCCUGUUAUCUUCUAAGAGAUCUUCGAAUCUCAAGCUCGGCUUCUUCUUUGGUUGGGGUCUGGGUUGUUCUGUGUACCACAAGCCGGCGGAUUUCAGGCCCCGCAAGAGUCCCAAUCUGUGUUGCCGUUGCAGCAACAACCCCACCAUUGCGAAUAACGGGAAUAGCAGCUCUUCUUCUGGAUGGGAUUGGAAUCAAUGGAGUCGGCAUUUCUCUGAAAUUGAGCAGGCUGAGAGCUUUGCUUCUGUUCUCAAGUUUCAACUAGAGGAUGCAAUUGAAAGGGAAGACUUUGAGGAAGCUGCCAAGUUGAAAAUGGCCAUUGCAGAGGCUAUGUCAAUGGAUAGCGUUACUGAAAUCAUGUCUCAGUUGAAGAAUGCAAUAGAUGAAGAGCGCUACCAUGAUGCUUCAAAGUUGUGUAGACAUACAGCUAGUGGACUGGUUGGGUGGUGGGUAGGCUGCUCUGCUGAUUCUGAUGAUCCCUUCGGCAGAUUAGUUCAUAUAACACCUGGAGUGGGAAGAUUUGUUGGCAGGAGUUACAGUCCUAGACAACUGGUUACUGCAUCUGCAGGAACUCCACUGUUUGAAAUUUUUGUGGUCAAAGAUUCUGAUGAUAAGUACAUUAUGCAGGUAGUAUAUUUGCAGCGAGCCAAGGGAAGUACAGUGAACCCUACAAGUUUGACAUCCAGGCCCACAAAAGGCUCAUCCUCUUCUGAAACUGAGACUGCAUCUGUAGUAGACAUUCAGGGGAAUGAAGGUAAGACAGAGAAAAGAGAGGAGAAGGGCAUAAGUAUUGAGGGGGCAACUGAGGAAGGGAUAAAAAGCGUGAUAAAUUUUCUCAAAGAUAAAAUUCCAGAAUUGAAAGUCAAAGUCAUGAAAAUUAAUGUUCCUGAUGAAGUGAUAGAGGAUGGUGAUUCUGUGAAGCAGUUCAUGCAAGAAGAUGAUGAGAAGACACAAUCUAGUGAGGAUUCUGAAGAUGAAGCUGAUGACUUGGACAAGAUUCAGCCAGAUGAGGUUGCUCUGGGAGGAGGUAGUAACACAGCAGAAGAUGGCCAGAAUUUGGAUAUGAAGCUUUUUAUUGGUGGGGUUUUGCAUAAUAAAGAGGAUACAUCUUCUAAGGAUGAUUACGUGCGUCAACCAGCUGAAAUUAGAGACAUGGAAAGAGAUUCUUUUGUGCUACAUGUUCCUGUGAGAAGUCAAGAUCAUGAUAUUGGAGAAAAUAAGGUGUCCAAGGUCAAAGUGGCAGCAAUAGCAGCUCAGGGCAUUUCUGAACUCAUGCCUUCUGAAGUGGCUAAAGCAUUUUGGAGUGCUGAUAAAGUUUCUCCAAAGGUUUCUAGAGAUGUACGUGAAAUUGUCAAACUCGCUGUUAGUCAGGCACAGAAGCGGAAUAGACUAUCUGAGCAUACAAGUUUUAGUCGGAUUACCACUUCCAAAGGCAGCUUAGAUCCAUUUGAUGGCCUCUAUGUCGGUGCAUUUGGCCCUUAUGGAACUGAGGUGGUACAACUAAGGUGUAAAUUUGGCAACUGGAAUGGAGGGGAUGACAAUGAUAAGUCUUCAGAUGUUGAGUUCUUUGAAUAUGUCGAGGCAGUGAAGCUAACAGGAGAUCUUAAUGUUCCUGCUGGGCAGGUGACCUUUCGUGCUAAAAUUGGGAAAGGGAGUCGUAUCCCCAAUCGUGGAAUGUAUCCAGAUGAGUUGGGCGUGGUUGCAAGUUACAGCGGUCAAGGAAGAAUAGCUGAAUUUGGAUUCCGCAAUCCCCAAUGGGUUGAUGGUGAACUUCUCCAACUCAGUGGCAAGGGCAUGGGACCAUAUGUCCGAGGCGCAGAUCUUGGUUUCCUUUAUGUUGUUCCUGAGCAAAGUUUCCUUGUGCUGUUCAACCGUUUGAAACUACCCGAAUGAGCCAUGACCUAUAAUCUGUUUAACCUGACACCCCUUUGAUUAGGCCGGACUUGGGAGUCUUUAGAGGCUGAGAAGAGAGGUUUUUUAUAUGGUGUUUUGAGGGAAGAAGGCAGUUUAUCCUCACUACGAAGUUAUCACUUUGUAUGUAUCAUUAUAUGCCUUUAUGGGAACCUUUCCCUUUUCCCUUUUCCCCACUUAUUUGCUGAGAUGUAUAUCAGUUUUGCUUCCUGACCAAGUAUAGAGUGACUAGUGGUAAUAUAAUGCUGUUUAAGGGUCAUUUGCCGUGUGGUUGUAAGGUAUUCCUUAGCUUCUUUGUUUACAUUUUUUCUGUAAUAUUUGAUGAGCCUGUUUCCACUUUUAUUUUUUAUACAAACUGAAUUGCGUGCAUGAA